GUGAAAUAGUCGCGCUCGCACGCCUCCAGUGCCGCUGCCACACCCGUCUUGUAACGAGGUUCAUGAAUAUUCGUUUAUCUAGUACUUUAGUCCAAAGACGUUUCAUGUGAACUCAGCAAGACUAUCUUGGAACCAGACGUGCGGAUAAGCGUUUCCAAAAGCGAUGUCAAAUGGCGACGAAAACAUUCAUAAGGCAUAAAGCAUUCAACGAGUAAUUAUUUUAGUGUCCAUUCAGCUUUGUCCACCCGAGUCCUGCAAUAUUCCUCAUAGUGGGUAUAAGCCUCUAUUUCUGAGGACAACAAAGUAACUAGGGCGAUCGGUGCCUUGUAGAGCUACUGCUUGAUUGCGCUGCUUGCGUGGUACGCCGCGCGCACAGGUAAUUUGUAAGUAAUCGUGUGUGACCGCCGACACCCUUCAGGCCCUACUGGUGGCGACUGGGCAUAGUACCUCGGUGACGGAUGCGAUGGCUCUGAACAGAAUGUUAGCCACCCUGCUGAGGCAAGCCAAUUGUCAGAAAAUGACAGGCACUUCUGUCUGCUUGGUGCGCAGUAUCAUAACUUUUAAAGAGCCUCUCCGCCCGAAGACGAUGCCCGAAGUGAUGGAAGCUCUCAAAAGCUAUGUGGGAUAUGUAGGUGACAUACCAGCUGGCCGCACGAAGCUUCCGAGUUCCCAAGAUGAACUGCCAGUACGCAGCAUGGUGGACAGCUAUGACGAGUGCAUCAUACCGCUGGCUAGCUCUUUCGCCAUGAAGAAAAGCCACACCUCGGGCCAAGGCUUUGUUCGUUUUGGCCGUAUUCUCGAAGACAUGGAUGAGUUUGCAGUGUGGCUGUCGUACCGGUAUGUACAGUACCCAGGCCUCAGCUUCGGGGUACCCAUGCCAGUGAACAUGGUGACUGCUCUAGUGGACAGCAUACACAGUGAUGACAUGGAUAUUCGACCGCGGCACGACCUCAAGCUUUGUGGUCACAUUUCUUGGGUUGGCAAGACAUCCAUGGAGGUCACCAUGGAGCUCCAACACCUGGUCCCGGAACAACCCAGAAAUUUGCUCACUGCUAAGUUCGUGAUGGUCGCUAUGGAAGCUAAUGCCACCAAAACUGUUCCUGUAAAUAAGCUUGUACCGAAAAAUGAAGAAGAGCAAGCUAUUUUUGAUGAAGGAGCAGCCAGUGUUGCACGAAGAAAAAAAUUCCAGGAAAGUGGCAUUUUUAAGCAACCACCAACGCAAGAAGAGAGAGAUCUCCUUCACAAGCUUUUUCUGGAAGACUUUGAUCCAGAGACAUACAUCUUAAAGUCUGAUGAGUGUCCUGUCGGUGCCAUUUGGAUGCAGGAUGCAAAGCUGACCAACGUGGUCAUCUGUCAGCCUGAGUUUGAGAAUCUCUACAACAAGGUGUUUGGUGGCUUUCUCAUGAGAAAUGCCUUUGAACUGGCAUGGGCAACAACGUACAUCCUCAGUGGACGUCGCCCCAAGACAUACCACACAGAUGACAUCUGGUUCAGGAGGCCUGUGGAGUUGGGCUCUCUGCUCCACUAUCAAUCACAGGUUGUUUACACCCGGGAUAACUUUGUCCAAGUCAAUGUGAACGCAACAGUGAUCAAGCCAGUCAAAGGCACGAAGGAAAUAACGAAUGUUUUCCACUUCACUUUCUCUCUUGAUGGAGAAAAUCCAGCUCCCAGAGUGAUCCCCAGGUCUUACCCUGAAAGUAUGCUGUACAUUGAAGGAAAACGGUACCUGGAUCAAGCCUUGUCAAACCGAAAGCCUGCAGCAAGUCGCAGUCACGACAAAAUCCACAGCACUAGCCAUGGCUCAGCCCACGUAUAGGAAACCAGUAGCCAUCAUGAACCAAAAACGAAGGGAGCAUGAGUUCAGAAACAGUACAGCAGUGUGCCAAACCACCACCACUGGACUGUAUGCUUGAUUUGAGGUUGCGAACGUACAUUUUACAGCAGCCAGACUAACCCAUGGCCAAAGCAAAUUGAGCGUUUACAAUGCUUUAUACAUAAAACCAUAUCUAUGUCACAGGUGCAACUACAAUACGAAGAAUAACAAAGAAAAAUUGCUUUGUCUGUUACAUUUGUAUUUAAGCUUUCUUUACACGUAGUCGUUGGUAUCCAGAACGGCGGACUUUUUAAUGUGUUGGCCUCUACACGUGCAUUUAGCUUUUACUUGCUACGUUUUGAACCUGCAGUUUUCUUUUUUAGAUUGCUGUUACAUUAAUGUAUAUACAUUACAUAUAUUAAAAGACUAAUUAUACUUGA